UCUGGACAGCAAAAGAGUAGCAACAUCGUCGCUCUGAACGCAAGAGCAUCCACACAGCCCCAAGACAGCCCUCUUUUCCGCGGCCCAUUCCCAUAGCCACUCACUGCCCAGUCUUGCAUCCACCCUCACGAUGCCCCCCGCUUCACCCAUCGAGAAGCGCUUGUAUGGCUGCGGAUACUACAACAACUACUGCAACGGAGGCGAUGGCGGCCUCUCAUACGGAGGUCGUGUAGGCAUCGGUAUUGCUAUCGCAGUCGCGGUUCUUCUCCUGGUUCUCGCACUUGGAUUUGCAGCACGCAAGCGUCGCAUGCGCCAAAUGUCCUCUGUCCGCCCCACCUACCAGACGAACCAGCCCGCCUACCAGCAGCAAGCCUACAUGCCGCAGACAGGAUACGGUUACCCGUCCACGGCGCAGCCUGGUGCACAGCAGUACGGUGGUGGAUACCCCAACCAAGGAGGCAAUGCCAAUUCAUCCUACCCGCCUCCGUCAGGACCACCUCCUACGAAUCAGCCGGAGAUGGUUGAUGGACAGGCGUACGCUCCCCCGAGCCAGCCGCCCCCGACGUACCAGAAGUAGACACGUUGCUGAUCGCGAGCAGCACCCUUCAUCGCCAACUGCACGUCCUUCUGGCGCUCUCAAUUGAUUUCUCCGUGCCUUAUGCAUUUCAUGGCGUCCCGUGUCCCAAUUGUACUACCCUACUCCUCCAGCCCCGCUUUGUUGUCCUCUGAUCCGUCGCAAUAUCAAUUGCUCCUCUAUCGCACCCUGCACUCGCUCCAUGCCUUUUUCCAUAGAGUACCAGCAGCCAG